AUGGAUACCUUUCUCAAGAAUGCGAAUGCUAUCUAUGAGGAAGUGGUGCAAUAUACAUCGGACAAUCCCAAAGGACGUUUUGGGACUGGCAAUCAUACCCAAUAUAUAUUGGAUCAAUUCGCUAGGGUUAUCGCCUUAGCAGAAGCCAGUCUUGCUGCUAAUGAUUAUGCUAAAUCAAUAGACAAUAAACUUUCGAGGAUGAUCACCAAGGAAGACCUGACAGAAGUUUCCACCAAUGAAAGCAUAAUAAAUGCACAAAAAGAAAUUAUAGACAAACUGCAGAAGAUUGAGAGCAGACCAAGGGCCAAUGUCAAUGUUCCUUCAUACAGUGACAUUGUCAAAUCUGACAGAUCUGCAGAUUACCACAGGAAAUCGGCGAAACAAAACAACACGAACGAAGUAAUACUGGUUUACGGUAGGGAAAGGGAGAGCAUGACCAGUGACACUGUGCGCAAAACCAUACAGAAAAAAUUAAGACCAUCGACAAUGCGGGUUGGCAUUGAUAGACUUAGAAAGGUCGCAGGGGGGGGAAUAGCCAUAGAACUGAGUAACAAUGGCGAUGCAGCACUCAUGGAAAAGUAUAUUGCCGAGGCCGUACCCAAGCUGAUUACCAAGCGACCAAAGAAAAGAUGGCCCCAUAUCACCAUAUACUCUGUCAACUCGGACAUUACAAAGGAAGAUCUAGGUUCACUGGUCUUCCAGCAAAAUGAAAACAUCGGUGAGCUAAUGAAUGAGGAAGAAUUCAGACAGCAAUUUCGGGUCAAAUUUGUCAUUGGUAAACGUGGACUUGCCUACCAAAAUUGGGUUGUGGAGGUGUCUCCAGGCAUACGGAAAACCCUUAUACAUCAAGCUAAGAUCAAUAUUGAGUGGUCCCGCUGCAGGAUCGCGGACUUUUGUCCGAUUCUGCAGUGCUUCAAGUGCACAGAAUAUAAUCAUGCGGCCAAAGAUUGUCCCAAACAAGAACCAACCUGCAGCCAUUGUUCAGAACACCAUCUGUAUAAAGAAUGCCCGAACAGGGAUAGGGACCCUGUAUGUCAUAACUGUAAACGUGAGAAGAAUAGUAACCACAAACAUAAUGCCCGAGACCCCUCCUGCCCGAUGUAUACCAGAAUUAAAAAUAAUAUCAUAGCAAGAACUGAUUAUGGAUCAGAUUAA